GUCGCAGCAGGUUUUUACAAGCUGUUUCUUACGAUUUGUUAUUCUAGUAAUCUAAUUAAAAUUGUUGGUAAAAUCGCAAUAUACGGAUAUGGCCAGAUUUGGAUAAAAUGGGCUGAUCCUUUAUGUUUCCUACUCAGAAUUUUUUUUGUUUAUGGUAACUUUCGAAGUUCUUGUUAUCUUGUAGAAUCUUAUCAUUCUUAUGAGCACUAGUGAUAAAAUAAUAUAAAAUAUUAACCACGAUUUUUUUAUGUCAAAGGGGAGCCUGAAAAGUGAAGCGUGAGUUUUCUUACCUCUCAUUCACUACUCACUAGUCAGUAUUCUACACUCAGUCUACAGCUUAUUUCAUUGGUUCGUCUUGCGUUUUCUGCUUCACGCCAUGGCAAAUCUUCCUGUCGAUAUUGGGAUAACGGAAAUUCGUGAUAUCUUCAACUUGUUGGAACGAGAAGCGAUGCAGAACGAGCGGAAACUAAUGGAGACAGCCAAGGCGUUGACUGAAGAAGAAGAGACCCUUGACGCACUCUUUGUCAGAUUCGACGAUCUCAACGAGGACUACAAGCGAACACUGUUCCUGAGCGAAUCAACCAAUAGCACUAUCAGAAGCCUGCGCCAGAGGAAAGAAGAAAUGAACAACCAGAUCUCCGAUGCCGAGUGCCAGUUGCCCAUUCUGAGCGAGACCGUCUCGCCACCGUCCUUGCCGCGGGAUAAGUUCUCCAAUCCCGAGGGAAUCUUUCAGAACCUGGAGCUUUUAUGUCAAAAGCAUGCAUUCUUAAUGGACCGCUACCGGAGAAUUCUAGAGCAUUCCGAUCCGCAGUGGGCGGUUCAGUUGGGUGAAGAGCGCACGCCAAGUUCCGAGAGCUCUACUGAGAAAGCGCAUCGGAAGCUUCGCCGUCAGCCUGUUGAUCCGUUAUUUUUGAAGAUCUCCGAGGGGAAGGUUAUGUUGGAGGAAUUGUCCUACGAGCUGGAUCAAGCUAUUAGCAAGGUAAAGAGUUCCCCGUCUAGUAAGCAGCAUUGAAGUGGUGGACGAAUCCGCUGCUCUCUAAGUGGUUAUCGUCUGUGGAAAUCUGUUUGCUUGACUUUGGGUAACACUUGACACAAGAUAUUACGAAAGAAAUGAAAAUCAGUUAGAUUUGCGAGUGUUUUUACUUUUCGCGAUGUUUGUCUGGAUCUUAUUGCUUCUGUUAUAUUAAAACUUGUAAUAACUGGAAAACAGAAAAUGCUUGUGCAAUGGGGCCGUAAAUUAUGGCGAAGGGCAGCCGUUACCUACCAAGAAAUACCAA